AUGAACCACACCAAUCAGUCACUCAUUACUCAGUUCAUUAUUGUAGGAUUUUCAGAUCUCAAUGGAACUCGAGGUCUGCUCUUCGGCUUGCUGUUUAUCAUUUACCUUUUUACACUGAGUGGUAAUAUUACAAUAAUAAUUCUUAUAUUUACUCACCUCAAACUCCAUGUCCCCCUCUACAUGUUUGUUGCUAUACUUUCUUUCCUGGAGAUCUGGUAUACAGCAGUCACCAUUCCUAAAAUGCUUGCCAACCUACUAAACCAGAACAUUAUCACAUACACCGGAUGCCUAAUGCAGAUAUAUUUCCUACACAGCCUAGGCAUUACCGAAACGUACCUUCUAACAGCAAUGGCUUAUGAUCGCUACAUGGCUAUAUGCAACCCUUUGAGAUAUCCAUCUAUCAUCACAACACACUGUUGCUUUCAGAUGGCAGCUUGCUGUUGGAUUAUUGGCUUUCUCGGCCCUUUAACCCAAAUUAUUUUGCUUUCUCAACUCUCAUUCUGUGGCCCAAACAGGGUUCAGCAUAUAUUUUGUGACUUCUCUCCACUAAUAAAUUUAGCAUGUUCUGAUACCUCUUUAAAUGUCUCAGUAGACUUCACCAUUAAUUCUAUCCUUUUGUUUUUUGCAUUUUUCUGCAUAAUUAUUUCAUACAUCCAGAUUAUGUCAACGGUUUUAAAAAUAAGCACAGUAGCAGGAAGAGAAAGGGCAUUUUCUACCUGUGGGGCUCAUCUCACAGUAGUUUCGCUUUUCUUUGGAAGUGUGGCAUUUAUGUAUGUACGGUUGAGUAAUAAUUAUCCUGUCACUUAUGAUCGAAUCAUGGCAGUUAUUUACUCUGUUUUAACACCUAUGUGUAAUCCAAUCAUUUAUAGCCUAAGAAACCGAGAAAUUAGGGAAGUGCUGCGGAAAAAAAUAUCAAAUUCAAUAUUAAGCUCAAAAUGA